AUGAAUGGUUCCGCCCUUAGAAAUACAAGUUGCGAAGAAGAUCUUGGUGUAUUAAUAGAUAACCAUCUAACAUUUUCAGACCACAUUUCAUCAAAGGUUAAAAAAGCAAAUCAGAUUAUGGGCUUGAUUCGAAGGACAUUUGACUAUAUGGAUAAUGAAAACUUUGUCUUGUUGUUCACAUCCCUUGUCAGACCACAUAUUGAGUAUGCUAACACAGUAUGGUGUACAUUCUUGAAAAAGGACAUGUUGAUUGUGGAAAACGUACAACGUAGAGCUACGAAAAUGCUCCCAGGUAUGAAGGAUUUAACAUAUGAUGAAAGGCUCAGGUUACUGAAACUUCCCUCAUUAUUUUACAGAAGAAAUUGA